UCCAGGUCACUGCUGCCCCCGUUGCUCUGACUGUGAACACGAGGGUCAGCAAGUGCGGAAUGGUCUUCGAGUGCCACAUAUAUCAGAUCCAUGUAUGGAAUGUGAGUGCCGGCGAGGCAAUAUGGAAUGCUUUAAAAGAAGAUGUCCUGAUACCGUCUGCCGGAACCCUGUUACACGAGGCUGUUGUCAGGAAUGUGAUGACUGUUUAUAUAAUGGCAAGGAGUACAGCAACAGACAGACAUUCCUGGACCCGACGGACCGCUGUAAGGCCUGCAGCUGUGUGGAUGGCAACAUCAUCUGCUCCCCGAAGCAGUGCCCUCGUGUCACGUGUUUGAACCCAAUGCAAGGGGAGUGUUGUCAGGAGUGCUCCAACUGCCUCUUCCAGGGUGCUGUGUACGACAACGGUCAGGAGUUCCCCGACUCAGCCGAUACCUGCAGCUCCUGCUACUGCAAGUCAGGAAACGUGGAGUGCACAAGGAAACCCUGUGCCAAUAUUGCAUGUUCCCAUCCAAUGAGAGACGGCUGUUGUCCGGUGUGCGAUCGAGGAUGCCGGUUUGAGGGCAGGGAUUAUCGUGAGAAGGAGAAGACGGAGCGUGACUGCCAGGUGUGCACGUGUACGGAUGGGAACAUGCGGUGUUUCCCCAAGUACUGCCCACCGGUCAAAUGCUCCAACCCGGUCACUGUGGACUGCUGCCCGGUCUGUGGAGACUGCAUGUUUGAAGACAGGAAGUUCCGCAAUGGUCAGACGUUCCCCGACGUGAAGGAUCCGUGCAGUGAGUGUGUGUGCAGGGUGAGGGCAUGUUGGAAGGUCAAUUAUGAUGUUCAGAAGUAG